AUGAGCAGCAUCGACUCUCCCCAGGGCGUCGCCAACGAUCUCCCCGCCCGCGGUCUCAUCGCAGUGACCUGGGUCGGCGUCGCUCUGGGUAUCCUAUUCGCGGGAACUCGCAUAUUAAUUCGAAUGCGACGCAUGAACCGGCUCCUAGUGGACGACUACUUCGUGCUUCUUGCGCUGGCGUUUCUGAUCACGAACGCGGCCCUUCAGACGAUCCAGACGCCGCAUCUCUAUUAUACGGCGUUGACGCCGACCGGGCCGGAGAUCGAAUACCAUGGCAACCAAUACGUGCGGUACGAAUUUGCAAUCAUCGGGUUGUUCUGGUCGGUGCUGUGGAGCAUUAAGGGCUCAUUUCUGGCGCUGUUCUGGAAGCUCACGGAGGGUAUUCCGAGGUAUCGCUGGGCGUGCUGUGGGGUUGGGACGUUCGCGAUGGCCGCCUAUACGGUGUGCUGGAUGUUGUUGGCGUUGAGUUGUCAUCCGCCGCAGGAUUAUUUUCAUUUCGGGAAUUGCAAUAAACCGAACGAUCAACGCAGCGCGUUCAUCACCAUCUGCUUCAGUACAACGGUAGAUAUAAUCACCGACGUCAUGAGUACAUUCCCCGACACCAAGCGCAUCUAUCCCGUACACAGAAGUGAAACUAACGCGAGGGGGGUGAAAGUCAUGGCAAUCGGACUCAGCAUCAUCUGGAACACAGGCAUCACUAGACGCCAGAAACUUGGCCUCGGAGUCGUCUUCGGUCUCGGUCUCAUCAUCAUCGCGGCAGCCAUCGCCCGCGCCGUCCUAAUCAACGACAAAGCGUACUCUGACAUCGCGGGCGUCGCGAUCUGGAGUGUCGCCGAAGCAUCUCUAUCAAUGAUAGUUUGCUGUCUUCCACCUUUCAAAAUCUUCGUCUCCAACGACUCCGGGUACACAUCGCGAUAUGACCACAGCGGAGGCUCGAAGCGAAAAUCCCUAAGACCGUCUAGUUGGGCUGAUGUGCCGCUUCCUUUGCCGUUACAGGAGCGCCAGGUUUAUCGUAACCUAGACUACGAGUUACAUGCUCGGGAUACGAAUAUCACGGGCGGGAAGCAGGCACAGGUGGAGGGGAAGGAGAUGACUGAGUCAAGAGUAAGUUUUUCGGAUGAUGAAAGACCUGGGGAGAUUAGGAUGGUGAAGGAAUUUAGCCUGGUGACUACGUCGUGA